AUGAGUCAAAGAAUAAGCUUCGAAACAUCGCAGGAAAUUGGGGCGUUUGUGCGAAUGACAAACAUGUAUGCGCUGGUUGCAGCAACGGACAACACCAGCUUUGUGUCUGCGUUUGAGGAAGUUUUGGACAUUCCUGUGAUACAGACCACAAUAAACGGAAUAAAAAUGGCAGGAACCCAGACAGUUGGAAACUCAAAGGGCCUGCUGGUGUCUUCCUCCACAACCGACCAGGAGCUGCAGCACCUGAGGAACUCCCUCCCUGAAAAAAUCCGGGUUCGCCGAAUCGAGGAAAGGCUGAACGCCUUGGGAAAUGUGAUCGUGUGCAACGACAGCAGCGCGCUUGUCCAUCCAGACGUGUCUUCGGAAACUGUUGAGUUUAUUACGGAUGUGCUUAAUGUAGAUGUUUUCAAGUAUGCCAUGGCGGAGAACAGCUUGGUUGGCUCGUACGCGGCCAUGAACAACACGGCAAUGCUUGUGAGCUCCAAGGCCACGGAGGAGGAGGUCGCCGAGCUUUCAGAGCUUCUAAACCUUCGCGUGGUUCCUGGAACUGUCAACAAGGGCUCGGACGUGAUAGGAGCCGGCCUGGUGGUUAACGACUUCGCGUGUUUUGUAGGGGCAAAGACAACCAGCACAGAAAUAGUUGUGAUUGACGGACUGUUCAAGACAACGCCCACCUCCGAGCUGGGCGACGACGAAAAGAGAGCCUGGAUCGAUGCGCUCCAAAUAUAA